AUGGACGAUACCUCAUUUGCCCACACAACCAGCAAAAUGAAAAAUGAUAAUAUCUUCUGGGGAGAGCACUUUGGGUUCUCUGGCCUUCCACCUGCCCAUAGCAUCACCAUCCACAUCUAUAAAGAUGUCGAAAAGAAGAAGAAAAAGGACAAGAACAACUAUGUGGGUCUGGUCAACAUCCCCAUAGCUGCUGUGACUGGUCGGCAAUUCGUGGAGAAGUGGUAUCCCAUCAGCACUCCCACACCCAAUAAAGGGAAGACAGGUCCAUCCAUACGGAUAAAAUGUCGUUACCAGACUAUUUCCAUCCUCCCCAUGGAGCAGUACAAAGAGUUUGCUGAAUUUGUGACCAACAACUACACAAUGCUAUUCUCUGUUCUGGAGCCAGUCAUCAGUGUCCGGAACAAAGAGGAGAUGGCCUGUGCUUUAGUGCACAUUCUUCAGAGCACUGGCAGAGCCAAGGUACCCCAUCAGCACCCCACCCACGCCCAGUAA